UGUUACUAGAGAGAUUCCUACAGCGUCACGUGACCAUAUUUAGUCAGUCAGUCCAGGAAAGGAAGAAUCAAGGGAGAAAAACUGCGUGCUGGCGACCAAUAACACACUCAAAAAGCAGAAAUGGAAUGGAGAUGGUCUGCAUGUACUGGUGUUUUGAUUGACAGCUGGAAGGAGGCCACAUCUGAAUGCUUCACUGGAGAGCUUUGAGCGAACGAGACGGGUGUCCUCGCCAUCAUGAAGCUGAACGAGAGGAGUGUGGCACACUAUGCCACAUGCAACUCUCCUCCAGACAAGACUGGCUUCCUCUUUAAGAAAGGUGAGCGAAACACGGCGUACCAUCGCCGCUGGUGUAUUCUGAAGGGCAACAUGCUGUUCUACUUCGAGGAGCGCGAAAGUCGAGAGCCGAUUGGUGUCAUCGUUCUGGAAGGCUGUACGGUGGAGCUCUGCGAAUCUGAAUCCGAAGAGUUCGCAUUUGCCAUUAAAUUCGAAUGUGCCAAAGCGAGAGUCUAUAAAAUGGCGGCGGAAAACCAGGCUGCUAUGGAAUCAUGGGUAAAGGCUCUGUCGCGGGCCAGUUUUGAUUACAUGCGGCUGGUGGUGAAAGAGCUAGAGAGGCAGCUGGAGGAAGUACAAGAAGAAGCGCGGUCUUCACAAGCCAAAAGCAAGACCAAGAAAAACCAGACGGGACUCAGAAUUUCCUCCGCAUCUGUACAGAGCGCCUCCAUUACGGGGCCUUGCCAAGAAGGCUUGUCCAAUAGAGAAAAUGGGGUUUCUUGGAGCAAACCUUCCAGUGUGGCCAAUGGUUUAAGUGAGGGUUGUGCUUGGGAUAGAGACUGUAACGUGAGGGCCGAUGGAGUUAAACCUCCUCCAAUUCCUCCACGAAGAAAAACCAACGGCGGAUCACUAGAGAGCCCUGUUUCUCCUGGGACAGGCUGCUUUUCUAAACUACAUGACUGGUAUGGAAAAGAGGUGGCAGAACUGAGAGUGGAGUGGCUGCAGAGUCAGUGAAUGAAGGCAAAUCUCAAAAUAUACACCAAAAUAUAAGUGUGUAUUUUGACGUUAAAGGUCAAAAUCAUCUGAAAAACGUGAUUGAGAUGAUAAUUUGUUUUAUUACUGAUUUUUUUAUUAUAACUUUUUUUUAUUAAAGUGAUAGUUUACACCAGUGCUUAAUUUGUUAAUGAAUAAUUCCCGUAACAAAACCAGGAAAUAAAAGUUACCAUAACUGACGUCCAGCACACAGUUU